AUGUUCUCCGGCUGGGGCAACGCAGGCCGCGGCGCCUCCUCGCAGAAAGAGGACGACAUGUCGCUGACCACUAUCCUAAACACGAAAGCACAACGCGUCGAUCUCGCUCUGCUGGUCUGUCUCGCCGCCGACAACAUGCGUCGAAACCUUCUGGCCAAUUUCGAUGUCUCAGCUCCACUGUCACGUGCUUCCUCAGGUGCAGACUCUCUGCUCGACGUCGACGACCGGAAGACCGACGAAAGAGCGAAGAUUGAGCAGAACCGGCGUCGCAGAGAAGCCGAAUUAUCGACACCGGAGAUGCAGCGUUUCCAGAAAGAGGCACUUGCCGAUUUUGACGGGUGGCGUAUGAAGGUGCUGAAGCGAGUUGGCGAAGUCCUGUCGGUUCGAUCUGAGGAAGUGCGGAUUGCUCGCCGAAACGCAUCUGCUGAAGCAGACGCUGCAGCUACGAAGCGUAGAGAAGCGAGGUUCUACGCCUGGGCUCAGGGAGAGGAUGCUGCUGCUGACGAGCCGGCAGAUAGCGAGCUAGAGUACACUUUUCGCGUCCGCUCGAUACCUACGAACAUCACUAAGCUUGAGGAGCCGCAGCGAGUUCUUGUUCUACAUUGCAUGUUACUGCUAGUGCUAAGUCUGGAGCACUAUCAUGCCUACUCGCGGAUUUUACUGCAGUACUUGCAGAAAAGCUUCCGGUUGUCUGAUUGUGUCCUGUCUGAGCGUGAAGCGACAGUAGCACGCGGUCUACUGGAUUCAGCUGCCUCACAGAUGUCUGCCGAGGAAGCGAAACAAAAGCAGUCCGAUGACGGUGUUUUGUCGCGGAAAUGGAAAGUUGGUCUGGCGACAGUCGGUGGAGCUGUACUUAUUGGAGUCACUGGCGGUCUUGCGGCUCCUAUACUUGCUGGUGCUAUCGGCGGUGUUAUGGGGAGCCUGGGACUCGGUGCUCUGGCUACUCUACUGGGACCUCUAGCCACCAAUUUUUUCCUGAUAGGGGGGUUGUUUGGUGCCUAUGGAGGGAAGAUGACGGGUGGCAUCGUGGAGAAGUACGCCAAGGAUGUUGAAGAAUUCCAGUUUGUGCCAAUACAUGGGCAUGAUCAAUCCCCUGAACCAGCAAGCCAUCCCAACGACUCUGCAAUCAUCCAAGCAAAACGCACCCACCACCUCCGCCUCACAAUCGCCAUAUCCGGCUUCCUCACCUCUGCUGCCGACAUCACCCAGCCCUGGAACUGUCUCGACUCACACACCACCGAACCGUUCGCCCUCCAGUAUGAGACGGACGCCCUGCUCCGCCUAGGCACCAACCUCGCCACACUCAUCCAAUCAUUUGCCGUCGACACCCUGACCUGGGAAGUCCUGCGCGCAACCCUACUCUCCAGCAUCGCCGCGGGCCUGAUGCCCAUCGGCCUGAUCCGUACGGCAAACAUGCUCGACUCGCCGUGGGCCGUGGCCAAGAGUCGCAGCGAGAAGGCGGGCGCCGUGCUUGCCCAGGCACUCAUGGACCGUGUCCAGGGCGAGCGCCCGGUCAGUCUCGUGGGCUACAGUCUGGGUGCGCGAGUGUUGUGGUUUGCGCUGCUGAGGCUGGCCGAGUGUGGCGCGUUCGGGCUGGUGGAGAGCGUGGUGUUUAUGGGUGCGCCGGUGCCCGCGGACGAAGGGCAGUGGCGGAAGGUGAGGGCGGUGGUGUGUGGGAGGGUUGUGAAUGCGUAUAGUGGCGAUGAUUGGAUUCUUGGGCUGGUGUAUCGUGCUGGGGCACUGCAAUGGGGUGUUGCCGGGCUGCAGAAGGUGAGGGGCGUGGAGGGUGUGGAGAAUGUGGAUCUGGGCGGUGCGGUGGACGGGCACACGAGCUAUAAGGAUCUUGUUGGACAGGUACUGCUGAGAAUUGGGUGGGAGGAUGUGAAUAGGGAUGUGGUUGAGAGGGAGAUUGAAGAGCAGAGAAUGCGGAAGCAAGAACAGAAGGGCAAGCAGGGAAUGGCGGAAAGAAAAAAGGUCGACGUCGAGACGAUGGUCAAGGCGCAGGACAGCGGACAUGGUAUCGUGAUGGUGGACAGCACAAAGCCGUUGCUCGAUAUCGACGUCGACGAGAACACCACGCCGGAGUGGCAGCGCCCGUCAGGAGCAGGGGGGCAAGGCCUGAUGUCUACCAGUCCUCAGCCACAUCAUUCAACAAGCUCGUCAAAACCAAGCGACCUCCUCUCAUCCCUCCUCGACACAGACAUCGAACCAACACCUUCCCUCCCCCAACGACCCAAAGCACCUCUCACACGCCCCCUACCAACACACCCCCACCCAUCAGUAUUCCAACCCAAAGAACAAAAAGCCCUCCUCUCCCCUGAGCUAGAACGCCCCGGCUCCUCAUCAUCCCACAACAACUCAAACCACCCUAUCUUAACUUCAACACCAACACCCCGUUCUCCACCCGCAGCAGGCUCUCCAAACCCCACACCCGCGUCCGACCCAGAAGACUACGACACAGAAUCCGACGACGGAGCCGACUUGCAAGUCGUAGCGCCGGAGCCGGAGAUGGACGACGAGCCGGAGCGGGAGAGAGUGUCGUUUGGGGCUGGGGCUAGCUCUGGGGCUAGGUCUGGACCUGGAAGUGGUAGUGGGUUUGAUUUGAUGUGGGAUAAUUCGAGGGGGAGGUAG